ACAACCUGCUGAAUAAUUUCAAAUACUUGAUUUCAAAACUUUAUGUGAUGAAAAUCGUAUUUAAUGGGGAAUGUGGGUACAUUUUAAUGUUUUAAUAUACUGGAUGUGAGGGAGGGCAUCACAGUGUAAGCUUGCCCGGACCCUCAAAGAUCUUGAAAUUUAUGUGACCUGAACUGAGGGAUCUGGAUGUCUUUCAGAAGCCCCUAGGAGUUUCUAUGAACACGUGGCGUUUUAAAACAUGUGAUAAAUUCUGGUUAGUGCCUCUAAUGCUAAGAGUUGCUUUUGUCCCUUGAGAGACCAUCUGAACCAAUCCUGACAUUGUAGAUUCUCACCAAAGAUUUUUGACUUCCCAGAAUUUUCUGGAAACUGUACUAAUUUCCCUGAGACAGGUUUGUAGCAUCUGAGAUUGCCCAAAUGCCAAACAUAACCUCUCAUUGGAGAAAACUCGAAAGGUUUCUAGAGUUAUUUAUUCUAACAGUCCCCAACAUCUUGGAAAGUCCUCUGUACCCAGAUGGGGUUACUGCUCUGUGGUUUAUCAGCUGUCAGUACCAAUCCUUUGACUUUUUGUCUGCACAGUUAUGGACAUACGAGGGCAGGUAGAAACAGGUCUUGUAAGCAGUAACCCCAACUUCUCCAGAAUACGUCUCUUCAGAUUCUCAAUUACUUUUUUUUUUUUUAUUGAGCUAUGGAUUAUAUUAGAGAAAACUUUUGGUUAUCUGGGAAAAUGACACCAACGUUCAUUUGGAGUUGCCUUGUCUUGGGUAUCAGUCACAAAAUCAUACUCCCAGGAAAAACAGAGUUAAUGAUUUUUAUACGUAUCGAAUAGCUACCAUGUACCAGAUACUGUUGGGAUAGAUCAGUGCAGGAAAGCAGACAAAAAUCCACCCCUUUGUGUCAGAAUAUUCUUGGAGCUCUCAAAAGUAAAUUGGAUUUAGUCUCCUAAGCACCCCAUCAGUGAGCUAUAUGCAUGGUAAACUGUUUCCCGUUAUGUAAGUGAAAGUUAUGCCAUGGAUGUGUUCUCUUCCUUACAAGCUGGAAGCCAGGACUGAUGCCCAACAAUCUUAACAAAUGGGUAAAAAGGUAAAGAAGGAAGCAGAACCCCCUCCUAAGGAUGUGUUUGAUCCACUAACGAUUGAGAGCAAAAAAGCGGCAACUGUGGUGUUAAUGCUUAAUUCUCCAGAAGAAGAAAUUUUGGCUAAAGCAUGUGAAGCCAUUUAUAGAUUUGCUUUAAAAGGUGAAGAAAACAAAGCUACCCUCCUUGAACUUGGAGCUGUGGAACCUUUAACCAAACUGCUCACCCAUGAAGACAAAAUUGUGAGAAGAAAUGCUACCAUGAUAUUUGGAAUCCUGGCUUCUAAUAACGAUGUUAAAAAAUUGUUAAGGGAACUAGAUGUCAUGAAUUCCAUCAUCGCUCAGCUUGCUCCAGAAGAGGAAGUGGUGAUUCAUGAGUUCGCCAGUCUUUGCCUGGCGAACAUGUCUGCGGAGUAUACCAGCAAAGUGCAAAUAUUGGAGCACGGCGGGUUAGAGCCACUCGUCAGACUGCUGGCCAGCCCAGACCCUGACGUGAAGAAGAACUCUGUUGAGUGCAUUUACAACUUGACCCAGGAUUUUCAGUGUCGAGCUGCACUUCAAGAACUAAAUGCAAUCCCCCCUAUAUUGGAUCUCUUGAAGUCAGAAUAUCCAGUUAUUCAGUUGUUGGCUCUCAAAACCUUAGGUAUUAUUACAAAUGAUAAGGAGGCACGAACAACGCUGAGAGACAAUCAAGGAGUGGACCACCUUAUUAAAAUCCUAGAAACUAAGGAAUUGAAUGACCUUCAUAUAGAAGCUCUUUCCGUGAUAGCCAAUUGCCUUGAAGAUAUGGAUACUUUGGUGCUGAUUCAGCAGACCGGGGGUCUUAAGAAGCUCCUGUCCUUUGCAGAAAAUUCUACAAUUCCUGAUAUUCAGAAGAAUGCAGCAAAAGCAAUUACUAAAGCAGCUUAUGAUCCUGAAAAUAGAAAACUUUUUCACGAACAAGAGGUUGAAAAAUGCCUCGUAGCCCUUUUGGGCUCUGAAAACGACGGAACUAAAAUUGCCGCUUCCCAAGCGAUCUCGGCAAUGUGUGAGAAUACGGGCAGCAAGGAAUUUUUCAAUAACCAGGGGAUUCCACAGUUAAUCCUGCUGCUGAAGAGUGACAGUGAAGAAGUGAGGGAGGCCGCCUCCCUGGCCCUGGCCAAUCUAACCACAUGCCAUCCCGCUAAUGCAAAGGCUAUUGCUGAAGCUGACGGUGUUGAUCCGUUAGUAAACAUCCUGUCGAGCAGACGGGACGGAGCCGUCGCCAACGCGGCUACAGUGUUAGCGAACGUGGCAAUGCAGGAGCCUCUGCGCACCGGCCUCCAGAGCCACGGUGUCUCGAGCGCCCUCCUGGGCCCGCUGCGUUCCGCGAACACGGUCGUGCAGAGCAAAGCGGCGCUCACCGUGGCCGCAACUGCGUGCGAUGUGGAGGCCCGGACAGAGUUAAGGAAUUCAGGUGGCCUGGAGCCUCUGGUCGAGCUCCUGCGCUCGAAGCAUGAUGAAGUAAGAAGGCACGCCAGCUGGGCCGUGAUGGUCUGCGCGAGCGACGAGCUCACGGCUGUCGAACUUUGCAAGCUCGGGGCUUUAGAUAUCCUUGAAGAAGUUAAUCUAUCAGUAAGUCGAAAAAAUAAAUUCAGUGAGGCAGCUUAUAACAAAUUGCUCAACAACAACCUGUCUCUGAAAUAUAGCCUGACUGGCUACUUGUCAUCGAGUAACAUAAUUAGUGAUGGAUUCUAUGAUUACGGUCGGAUAAAUCCUGGCACCAAACUUUUGCCUCUGAAGGAUCUCUGCUUACAAGAACCGAGUGAUCAACGUGCUGUACUUUUAGUGAACAGUAAAUCAUCUGAUGUUUCUCCGCCUCCAUCUACGGAAGGUAAAUCAUCAGAUGUUGGUUACGGUCGGAGCAUUUCUUCUUCGUCUUCCUUUAGAAGAGCAAGCAAAGAAAAGACCAAUUAUCAUUUUAGUACCGGAUUUGGAUCUCCCACAGAAGAGAAAUCCGAGCCUCCUUCUGGACGAACUACUGCUCUUAGCAAAGGCACCACAAAAGAAAGAGGAUCAAGGAAAGGCCGAGGGAGAAAAGAGGAGGAAAAAGUGAAGGAGGAAGAAGAGGUUUCGACGUUACCAAAAUUGAUGGGAGAAGGAAGCCCCGAGAAAGAAUGGUAUCCUCCCUUCGAUCCUGACUUCCAUGUUUACGUGUAUGAAGUGACCAAAUCAAUAUUUCCCAUAACCAAUAUUAAGGAACAGAUUGAGGUCCUUGCAAGGUACGUGGCAGAAAAAAUGGGUGGUAAAAUGUCAAAGGAGAAACUCCAUAAUUUCAGCUGGGAACUCCAUAUCAGUGAACUAAAAUUUCAACUUAAAUCCAAUGUUGUGCCAAUUGGACAGAUCAAAAAAGGAAUCUUCUAUCAUCGAGCGUUGCUUUUCAAGGCUCUGGCUGAUCAAAUUGGCAUCGGCUGCUCUCUGGUUCGUGGGGAGUAUGGCAGAGCUUGGAAUGAAGUUCAAUUGAUGAAUGAAUCUCGUAAGGGACUGAUCGGGGCUCUCCCUCCUCCUGAGGUCUACAUAGUUGACCUCAUGUUCCAUCCAGGCGGGCUGAUGAAGUUAAGGAGUAGAGAGGCAGAUCUUUACAGAUACCUCUAAACGAUCAAAUGACCAAACAGGGAUCAAAUGAUCAAAUGACCGGAGAAGUUCAUUAGAUACGCUUUCUCUGAAGUUCACCAAUUGGUUUUAUUUCUUUAAAUAACAGUAUGAGAAAUGUUCUUUCUCUCUGCGUAGAAAUGAGGACACUGGGAUUGAACUUGGUUGUGUUUCUGAUUUCAG